GCAUUACGGUCACAAUGUACCGUCAAAAAGUUGGCGAAUAAUUCUUGAGAAUUUCUCAUUAUAAUAAAUUAAAACAGUACGGUAUCGAUUGGAAAAUUAUUGCUGACACUUAUCUAAAGUAUGAGCGGUACACAUAUUGAUUCUUGUGAGUUUGUGGCGAUCUAGAAGAGUUAUUAAUCUCUCGGUGGAAGUUGGGCCUAGCAGGAAGGACGUGAAAACAAGCGAGAGGUUUUUCAGCAUCAUUGUCAGCGGGCAGGCAGCUGGUCCGCUUUGUAGAGUCUGGCCCGCCUUCAAAGUGUCUGGUCCACUUUCCGCUUGAAGGUUUCAUUUCCAUAGAAUCAACAUGAGUGAAAUAGACCCAGAUACUUUGUUAGAAUGGUUGACAAUGGGCCAAGGGGACGAGAGAGACAUGCAACUGAUUGCACUAGAGCAACUUUGCAUGCUUCUCCUGAUGUCAGACAAUGUGGACAGGUGUUUUGAAAGUUGUCCCCCAAGAACAUUUCUGCCAGCAUUAUGCCACAUAUUCAUGGAUGAGACUGCACCUGACAAUAUUCUGGAAGUUACAGCAAGAGCUAUCACCUACUACCUUGAUGUAUCUGCUGAAUGUUCAAGGCGUAUUGUCAGUGUUGAAGGAGCAGCCAAAGCUCUGUGUACUAGGCUCAUGGUUGUUGAUAUAACAUCAAGAACAAGCAAGGAUCUUGCUGAACAAUGUGUUAAGGUUUUGGAACUAAUGUGCACAAGAGAAGCUGGGGCAAUAUAUGAUGCUGGUGGAUUAACUUGCAUACUGUCAUUUAUAAAAGAUUAUGGAUUUCAAAUUCACAAGGACACUUUGCACUCUGCAAUGUCAGUUGUAGCAAGACUCUGUGCCAAGAUGGAACCAAAUGAUCCAACUCUAGAAAGCUGUGUAGAUUCAUUGUCCAUUUUGUUGCAGGCUGAGGACACAUAUGUUGCUGACAGUGCCCUUCGCUGCUUUGCCUGUUUAGCUGAUAGAUUCACAAGACGUGGUGUUGACCCAGCUCCAUUGGCUAAACACGGUUUGGCCAAUGUACUUCUGGAGAAGCUAGCAACAACUGCUUCUCAGUACUCGUCUGAUAAACAGUCCAGUGUCCCAGCAACUUCACCAGAUACGCGAAGCAAUGCAGGGAAUAUAUCCAUGGUUGUUAGUGUUUUGUCAACAUUAUGCAGAGGGUCUCCCAGUGUUACCCACGAUCUUCUAAGAGCUGAUUUAAUGGAUGCAAUAGAAAAGGCAAUGCAAGGAGACGAGAGGUGUGUUUUGGACACAAUGAGGCUUAUCGAUUUGUUGUUAGUAUUACUGUUUGAAGGGAGAGAUGCCCUUCCAAAGUCAAAUAGUUUCAGUGGCAGAAGUGGAUUAACUGGGCUGAAAAGGAUGGAUAGUAGCGCAGAGAGGUCUCAUAGGCACUUGAUUGAUUGCAUCAGGAGCAAAGACACGGAUGCAUUGAUUGAGGCCAUUGAUUCUGGUGCUUUCGAAGUUAACUAUAUGGAUGAUGUGGGACAGACACUUCUAAACUGGGCAAGUGCGUUUGGAACAUUGGAAAUGGUCGAGUUUCUUUGCGAACGUGGUGCUGAUGUAAACAGAGGCCAACGAUCAUCAUCUUUGCACUACGCUGCCUGCUUUGGUAGACCCGCUGUUGCAAAGGUUUUGUUACGCUACGGUGCAAACCCAGAUUUAAGAGACGAAGAUGGAAAGACCCCAUUAGACAAAGCAAGGGAAAGAAAUGAUGAAGGACACAAGGAAAUCGCACGGAUCCUUCAAACCCCAGGUGAAUGGAUGGUUCCAGCUAACAGCUCAUCGACCAGAGAACUAGGGACCAGUGAGCAGAAGUCAGAAGAAGAUAAACCAGAAGAACCCAAAGAAGAGCAACCAUCUGAUGACGUCAUCAAGGGAGAUUGGGAAAUGGCACCACUUUACGUGACCCGGUUGCUUCCUGUUUUUGCACAGACCUUCCGAUCUAGUCUUGUCCCGUCUAUCAGAAAGGCAACAUUGGCUAUCAUGAAGAAAGUUAUCCACUAUAUACCACAAAAAAUGUUACCAGACGUGAUUGCUUCUGGAAACGUCGCAUCGAGCGUUGUGGAAGUUCUUUCCUCUGUCCUCAAUGUAGAGGAUGAUGAUGAGGGCCAUCUUACAGCUUUUCACUGCGUUGAAGAUCUAAUGAGCAAAGGAAAGGAUAUAUUUUUGGUUCAUUUUGUCAGACUGGGUGUCUUGAACAGGAUUCAAGAAAUAAGUGAGAGCCAUGAAAAGAAAGACUUGGAUAGGCCGGAUUCCAGCGCCACAACUGCGGAAAUAAUGCCUCUUGAAGACGCACAGUCGAUAGUGCAAGGAAAACCGUACCAUUGGCAUGAUUGGUGCAUCGUACGGAGUAGAGAUUGCCUGUACCUCUGGAGCGACGUCUGUGCUGUUGAGUUGUCAAAUGGUAGCAACGGUUGGUUCAGGUUUGUCCUCGAUGGCAAAUUAGCGACAAUGUACUCGAGCGGAAGCCCGGAAGGUGGUGGAGGAUCUGCUGAGUCUCGUAGUGAAUUUCUUGAAAAGCUACAACGAGCACGAGGCCAAGUGCCGAGUGGAACAGCGAGCCAGCCGUUGCUGUCAUCGCAGUCAUCUGACCGGAUUAUUGUCGGUAACUGGUCACUUGCUUGUAGUCAGGCCGGACAGAUGACCAUUCACAAUGCUGAUGGCCAACAAGCUACGAUUUUAAAAGAAGAGCUCUCCGGUUUUAUAUUUGAGUCCAAUCGUGGCACUAAACACACCUUUACCGCAGAAACCUCGCUAGGUUCAGAUUUUGCCGCAACCUGGAGUGGAAAACCAGGUCGCAAAUAUCAGUCAAAGAAAGAGCAACUUAGGCAGAAAGUUGGUGUUUUCGCUCAUGAAAUUCACUCAAAAUACUUUAAGGAAGCUGCAACUGGGAGCUAUGGAGCUAUGGGGAAGUUAAGAGAGAUCAGUGCGUUACUGGAUGGCGCUUGCAAAGACGUCAGGCGCAUCACUCUGGAAGGCGAGAAGCAAGUCUAUGACGCUUUGAAGGAGCUAUGUGAACUUCUGAGAGAGGAAAGCAUGCUAUCUUCUUACGAAAUACAAAGCAGUGGGUUGGUCACCUCACUUUUCAAUUGCUUGAAUAAGUCACCUCGAGCCAGCUUGACAUCUCUCCCCGAGAAAAAGUCUUCUGACACUUCUGAGAUUUUCAAAGCAGUCUUUGGAGAAAUCCCACAGAACGUUAAUGGAGAUGAAAGCAUGCAUCAAAGUAGCCUUGCCGUUGCACUCGUUCGCAAGCUGGUUGCUGUGCUUGAAUCUACAGAACGACUUCCCGUCAUAGCCUAUGACCAUGGCGGAGGAGGAUCGGGCUUGCAGGUUUUGCUAAGACGACUGCGUCUCCGACUUGAAAGAGAUGCUAAAUCGGGUGAUUUGAUCGACCAGUCCGGACGCUACCUGAAAAUGGAGCCAUUGACGACAGUGAAAGACCUGAAGAAACACCUGCUAAAAGUUGUGGCUAAACAAUGGUAUGACUACGAUCGAAACACAUUUAAGUUCGUACAGCAUUUCAAGGAAAACAAAGAUCCCUUGACUUUCACAUAUGAUCAUGAUUUCGACACUAAUGGAAUAGUUUAUUGGAUUGGAACGAAUGCCAGAGUCGUGAAUGACUGGGUAAACCCAGCCCAGUAUGGCCUGGUUGUAGUCAUCUCGUCAGAAGGGCGAAGUCUGCCUUAUGGUAAACCAGAAGAUAUUCUCAGCAGAGAUGCAGCUGCUCUGAACUGCCAUACGAACGAUGACAAGAAUUCUUGGUUCACGAUCGACUUCGGAAUGUGGAUUACGCCGACCGCCUACUCCCUUAGACACGCGCGGGGAUAUGGAAGAUCUGCAUUAAGAAACUGGACCUUGCAAGGCUCCACAAAUGGCCAAACCUGGACUACGUUAAACACACAUGAAGAUGAUUCUUCCUUGAAUGAACCAGGGUCAACUGCCACUUGGAUGCUGAAUGUGCCUGCUGCUGCAGACUCAGUGCAGUCCUGGCGAAUGUUUCGAAUUCAGCAAACUGGCCCAAAUGCCAGUGGCCAAACGCAUUACUUGUCCCUUUCAGGAUUUGAGAUUUAUGGAUCUGUAACAGGCAUCACUGAAGACUCCCCAGGCUCACUUCUAACUGAAACUGAUGUUAGUAGUCGCAAACGCCGCGUCUUCAAAUCUCACGCACUGCAGCAAAUGAAACUAGGUGGCAAAGAUGGUGCUGAUCUCAAGCUGUUAAAGGAACGAGCAAGGCAGCUUGGAGAAGCUGUUGAGGCUGUGACGUCAGACACAAAGAAAGAAGGCUGGGUUGAUGUCUCGUGGGUACAAAGCACAUCCGCCCCCUCACAGGACAACAGCAAUCAAGACAAUUCAGCCGUCAAAGUUGUAGACAUUUCACAUCCAGAUGUACAGUCAACAAUCUCCCAGGUUGAACGCAAAGAGCUAAAAGAAAAUAAAGAUUCAAGACCGGCUACGUUCCGGGUACGGUCGUGCAGAGUGAACAGAGAUGGCAUGGGACCUGGAGGACGACGCAUAAACAAACAGAACGCUGCUGAUGUUGGAGAACUAGAGAAUCAGAGUAAUUUGCUGAGAGACUCAAAAACCUCUACGAGAGAGAUAGCUGAUUUAGCAAACCUGCGUCUGCUAAUGGCAGUCGAAGAUUUGCUGGAUAACGCUUCUUCUGACCUUGUUGCAAGUGCUUUGGCUGAAGCUGCAAGUUUAGAUCAUUUGAGAGCUGCCUCAAGGACUUUGCAGAGCUCUUUUCUACAGAACACAAGGAAAAGUGGUUCGUCUCAAGGAUCGCGUGAAAGCAGUUCUCCACCAAGCAUGGUCGAUUAUGUCGAUAAACAAAAUGUGGUGACAUUAGGACAGAGUGGAGAUACAACUUUCAGACCAUCUUCUGAGCCUAAAAAAGAUGGCAGCAAGAGCUCUAACAAGAGUGAAAGCAGUGCUGGAAGGUGGCAGUUAUCUGAUAGUAAGGAAGGCACUGAGGCUAAAAAGGAACGAAGUGAGUUUAAUAUUUUUAUUGAUAACACCACCGAAGCAGACGGUGAAGCCGAUAAAGCAAGUGUUGAAAUUAUAACAGGAACUGAAGUAGAGGUGAAGGAUGAAGCCAAGGAGAGAACAACUGAAGAGGUUGUUUCACAAGCAAAGGAAGAUGUCACGACUGAUAUCGCGGCGGCCGAGCUUGUGACAAAUGCCACUCGAUUUGUAGAAAUACGCAGCAUGAAAGAGGAUAGUGAAGUUGGGCGUAGAUCGGGUGGUGAUGUUAAAGUGUUGGUUGACACACAAAGUUCUACUGAAGACAAGGAUGGCCAUGUCACAGACGUUUUUGAUACGAGAAGUGACGAAUUCUCGGAAUCUGACAAGAAUCGUCAAAACGAAAGAGGACGUGAGCUGUCAUCUGGUGAAGGAGAUUUUCUCUUCAGCAAAAGUUCUGGGCCGGAGCCACCGAAAAGAAUCGAUUCAUUGGAGAAGACACCAGAAGGAAUGACCUUGCUGGAGGCGAUCGAGGCAAAGCUGGUGUACGAUUCAAGUGAUGAAGAUGAUGACGACGAUGAAGAUGAUAACGAUGACGAACCAGAGGAUGCUGGUCACGUAAAAACUGGAUCAAAGAAACGGAACAAAACAGAUACCCAAGACAAAGGAGAAAGUAAUAUCGUCCGGGAACUUCUUUUUAUCCCUGGAGAAAAGCAAAGCCUGGAAAACGAGGGCUCAACAACGCUAUCUAUUUCCAACAACGGAGAUAAAGGUGAUGGAACCGAAACGAAAACCAUUGGCAAAGCGCCGAGCCAUCCAUUGCAAUCGUGUCCAUUAAUGGUUGAUAUGGAGGAGGAAUAUAUGGAAGACUUUCCUGCCGAUGAAAGGGACUUCCCAAUGGACGAAGGAGAGGACACAGAUGAAUUCGAGGAUAUUGAAAACGAAGACGAAAACGAUCCAGACGAUCUGUAUGAAAGAACGCUGGAGGUAAAUCAACCAGGCUCGUCAACAGACAGAUCUUCAGAGCUGCGAAGGCGCCAGUGGGAUGACGACUUCGUUUUGAAGCGUCAGUUCUCUGCUCUCAUUCCUGCGUUUGACCCGAGACCAGGAAGACCAAAUGUUUCGCAACAUCAAGACGUGGAAAUUCCUGAGGAAGGCGAAGUAAUCCGAUCAGAAGAGCCUGUUGGUGAUGAUCUGAAGCUUGUCAUCAGAGGAACAGUACCAGGGGGAAAAGAAGUUGAAAUUCCUUUGGUUGAUCAUAACGCAUCGAUAUUUUCCUACAUACAAAAACUGGCGACCACCAUAUCCAGUAGCAGUGGUAAACUAGACAAGCAAGUGAGACUUUGGGAGCCAACAUACACUAUCGUUUACAAGUCUCGUGAUGGAAAACAAGAAAUCCAAGAACAGCCAUUGUGUAAAUGGAAUGUGUCCUUCGUGGAAAAAUACCUUGGAACAUCACAACUUCCUAAACACGAUGUUGUAAAAUAUCUUCAGCAAAACGCAGGCCCAGAAUUCAUUAAAAAAUGGAAAUUGAACGGAACGACGAAAAGCUGCAAGAGGCAACGCAAUUGCAACUACCUUCGGAAUGCCUACAAGGAUUUUUGUCGAAUGAAGGAAGGAGAAGCAGCUUGUGCUCAAGAGGCCAAGAUCGACGAAGAUGAGAGAGAAGAAGAGGAAGAUGUAUUUGCCCCUGUUCCGCAAGAAAUCACCCAAGCUAAAGAGGUUUUGGACCUUGUUAAGUCGCUUCACAAACUUUGCGAAGAGAAUAUGCAGUUAACAAGUCUGACAGAUAACUACCUUUUUGAUGUUCCUGAAGAAGAGUUUGUCUCAAUGAAACUAACGAACAAAUUAGUUCAGCAAAUUCAGGAGCCCCUAGUGCUAGCCUCGGGAUCGCUACCUGCCUGGUGCGAGUUCCUCGUUAUCAAUUAUCCAAUGCUGUUCCCAUUCGAAACGAGGAAGAUGUACUUCCAAGCAACCGCAUUUGGAUGUUCGAGGUCCAUUGUAUGGUUACAAAAUAUGCAUGACGCUAACCUAGAACGGAAUAGAGGUCACCCUGCAAGGAGGUUAGAGCCUCAAGAAAUCAGGAUUGGAAGACUAAAGCAUGAAAGAGUCAAGGUGCCUAGAGAUGAAAAAGAGCUUCUUCAAUAUGCCAUCAGGCUUCUUGAUUUCCAUGCUAGCAGAAAAGCAAUACUCGAGAUUGAGUUUCGUGAAGAGGAGGGCACGGGUCUUGGACCAAGUCUUGAGUUUUAUGCCCUUGUUGCUAAAGAGCUGCAGAAGAAAGAAUUAGGCAUGUGGGUUACCAGCGAUACACUCAACAAUUUUGGCAGUGAUGCAUCGCUUACUGCAAAGAAUGCCGAUUUGUAUGUCCACCAUCCUAAUGGCCUAUUUCCGGCUCCGUAUCCACAAGACCAUAGAGACAUCAAACGCAUUUGCAAUCUGUUCCAUUUUCUUGGUGUCUUUCUUGCCAAAUGCCUGCAAGAUAAUCGACUGGUGGAUAUUCCACUAUCAGAGCCAUUCCACAAAUUGCUCUGCCUUGGAAAGUCACUCGCUGACAGCAGGUCGUUCUCCAGAAGUGCUAGCGUAAGAUCAGAGAGUGCCGACAGUGAAAACAUGUCCCCAAGAUCGAGCGAGUCUUUAGAUGCUGUCUCAGAAUGUUGUUAUUGUUAUGGUGAUUUCUUCACAGACUGUGAUUUUGAAAUGAUUUUCCCGGAGAUAUUUACGUUCAUUAAGCAGCUGCGAAAACUUAUCAAAAGACGAAGGUCUAUCUUGAGUGAUCCAAAUAUGACGUCAGAGCAGCAGAAGGAGGGCUUGGCGAACUUGAUGUUUGAGACGGAUCAUGGACAUGAAUGCAAAUUAGAAGACCUCGGACUGACCUUCCAAUACGUUCCCCCAUCAAAAGUUUAUGGAUUUGAUGCAGUCAGUCUAAAGCCUGGUGGCCAACACGAGGUGUUGACGGACUGGAACGCUGAAGAUUACAUCGAUCAUCUCAUGUACUUUUCCAUGUACAGGGGAAUCGAGAAACAGCUUGACAGCUUCAGAGCUGGCUUCAAUCGUGUCUUCCCAAUGGAAAAGCUACAUGCAUUUACCCCAAGAGAAAUACAACUAAUGUUGAGCGGAGAACAAGCACCCCAGUGGUCACGUGAUGAUCUCAUGAACUACACCGAACCAAAGUUUGGCUACACAAAGGAAAGCCCUGGUUUUCUGAGACUUGUUAAUGUGCUCGUGAGCAUGAGCGGAGAUGAAAGGAAGGCAUUCCUCCAGUUCGCCACUGGUUGCUCCUCUUUGCCUCCUGGUGGAAUCGCAAAUCUGCAUCCCCAUUUGACAGUUGUGAAGAAAGAAAGCGAGGGAGACGGCAGUUACCCCUCUGUCAACACUUGUGUUCAUUAUUUAAAGCUACCCGAGUACUCAUCGGAAGAGAUUCUAAGAGAAAAGCUCCUGGCAGCUACCAAAGAGAAAGGCUUUCAUUUGAACUAAAUAGUAACUUAUAAAAAAUUGCUUUGUAUUGAGUGUGUUUUGUUUAUUAGAUUUGGUUUUGUUAUAAAAUAGGAAGAUAUAAAAUUACAUUGUAUAAAAUGCACUGCAAGGAAAUCAUGCAAUCCGAACGUUGUUUUGACGCAGAA